AUGCUUUCUAGAAAUAAGAUUCUGAUGCACCAAGACCCAUUUGGAAUGCUCUCUCUCACUAGACUCUCUCUCUCACUAGACUCUCUAUCUCGGUCCACGGCCUUCGGCGCCGUCGCCGAUCGUCGGCGCCGACCCGACCCGACCACCGGUCCCCGGCGUCGACCUCCGUCGCCGGUCUCCGGCUUCUUCGCCGGUCUCCGUCGCCGUCGCUGGUCUCUGGCUCCGUCGCCGUCGUCGACCUACGGCGCCGACCCUACUGCCGGUCACCACCGUACCCUCUCUCUCCCGCGCCUCGGCCCUCCGGCCCCGUCGCCGUCGCCGACCUACGGCGCCGACCCGACCGCCGGACCUGACUGCCGGUCACCGACCGCCGUCGCCGAGAUCCGGUUCCCCCCUGCUGUACCCCCCCUUCUCUGUCCAGACCCCCCCUCCGCCGGCACCGUACAACAGGGCAGCAGCUGUAGCUCGGUCUUCAGCCGGCAGCCGCGAAUCCAUCUCAGUAGCGAUCCCCCGGUAGCAGGUCGACGCGGGGCUUGGUUGCCGGCUUGGUCUACAAGUGAAAUCUGGUGA